AUGGGAGAAUCAGUGUCGUUUGGGAGGUUCACGACAGAGUCAUUAGCAUGGGAGAAAUGGUCAACAUUCUCUCAGAAUCAGAACCGUUAUGUUGAAGAAGCUGAGAGGUUUUCGAAACCUGGUUCUGUUGCACAGAAGAAAGCUUUCUUUGAACAACAUUACAAGAAACUCGCAGCUCAAAAAGCAGCUGCGUUGCUUGAACAAGCAAGAAUUGAUGAGGCAGAAAGUGCAAAAUCUAAAGACGCUGUCAAUGAAGAAAAUGCCGAAAAUUCAAAUGUUGAGUCCACUUUACCUCAAAGUGAAAACAAGGCUUUUGUAAGGAAUUCAAUGCAGAAUCAAUUUGAAGAUGUUGACAGUUGUUAUACUAGUAAGGAUCUAAGUGAAAAGAAAGAUUCUGACUUUGGCAGCCAAGUUUUGCAAUCAAUGGACAAAUCCACAUAUCCUAUUAUUUCAGAUAGAGAUAACAUCGCUACACCAAUGAACAAUAAGGCUUCAUUAAGAAAGAAGAGAUCAAAAGCUAAGUCACUACCCAUGUCAGUUAAGUUUGCACUCAUUAGACAAAUUACUAGGUUGAAUUCAAUGUUAAUGAAGAAAUUUGAAACUACAAGAGCUCGUUCUGGUUCUUCCAUAGCUUCAAAGGAUAUAUGGAUUCCUCUAACAACACCAACUAAGGCCUGUAAGAAUGAGUUACAGAAGCACCCUUCAUUUUCCCCAUUAUCAGAAAAGAAAAGAAACAUAAUGAAAUCACUUACUAUAUCUUCCCAUCUCAGCUUGAAAACAGACGAAAGAACUCCGCGUAGAAACAAGGAGAGAUCACACAAAAAGAAUAGAAAACUGAGACUAUGCUUUUGUUUCAAACCCGAGUUUAACAAAGAAAGUGAAGAUUCUAACAGAGGGACAAAAGAGGAUUCACUAACACUGACACCAGGAAGAAGAGUCACUUCUAGAAUUCAAAGCAAAGGCUCUUUAUCUUCUGAGAGUGUCAUUACUUAUGAAAAUAUGUCUCCAAAUAUUCAGCAUGGAAUCAAGAAUGAAAGAAGUAACUAA